AGGAAGAAGUGAGGCCUGGAAGGGGUGGGGACCGCUGGGCCCGCCCAGGCUGGACUGCACUGUGUGUGCGCCAAGCACUGAAACUGCCUGCACGUCGGGGCAGCAGGGCAGAGGCCAGGGUGAACUGGAGUUUCCAAGAGUCUUGCUCCUCCCGUCCAAGCCAUGGCAGAGAAUUCCGAUAAAGUUCCCAUCACGCUGGUGGGCCCUGAAGACGUGGAGUUUUGCAAUCCCCCGGCGUACGCCACGGUGACCGUGAAGCCCUCCAGCCCCGCGAGGCUGCUCAAGGUCGGAUCCGUGGUCCUCAUUUCGGGGGUGGUGCUGCUGCUCUUCGGGGCCAUCGGGGCCUUCUACUUCUGGAAGGGGAGCGAUAGUCACAUUUACAAUGUCCAUUACACCAUGAGUAUCAACGGGAAAUUACAGGAUGGGUCAAUGGAAAUAGAUGCUGGGAACAACUUGGAAACCUUUAAAAUGGGAAGCGGAGCUGAAGAGGCAAUUGAAGUUAAUGACUUCCAGAAUGGCAUCACAGGAAUCCAUUUUGCUGGAGGAGAGAAGUGCUACAUCAAAGCACAGGUGAAGGUUCAUGUUCCUGAGGUGGGCACUGUGACCAAGCAAAGCAUCUCCGCCGAACUGGAAGGCAAGAUCAUGCCAGUUAAAAAUGAAGAAAAUUCUCUUAUCUGGGUGGCUGUUGACCAGCCUGUCAAGGACAACAGUUUCUUGAGUUCGAAAAUCUUAGAACUUUGCGGCAACCUCCCUAUUUUCUGGCUUAAACCUACAUAUCCAAAAGAAAUCCAAAGAGAAAGAAGGGAUGUGGUAAGAAAAAUUGUUCCAGCUACCACAAGAAGGCCACGCAGUGGGCUACGGGGCAACACAGUACCUGGAAGACUGGGUAAUGAAACCAGACCCAGUGUUCAAGAGGACGAAGAACACUUCAAUCCUGAUAAUCCUUACCACCAGCAAGAAGGAGAAAGCAUGACAUUCGAUCCCAGACUGGACCAUGAAGGAAUCUGUUGUAUAGAAUGUAGGCGAAGCUACACCCAUUGCCAGAAGAUCUGUGAACCCCUUGGGGGCUAUUAUCCAUGGCCUUAUAAUUAUCAAGGUUGCCGUUCAGCCUGCAGAGUUGUCAUGCCAUGUAGCUGGUGGGUUGCCCGUAUCUUGGGCAUGGUGUGAAAUCACUUCAUAUAUUAGGUGCUGUCAAGUAAGAACUGAGAGUGGACAACCAAAGCAGAAUAAAGCAUGCUGAUGCCAAGGGACCACAAAGUAUUUUAUACUCAACCUGAGCAAUGUUAUUCUAGACUCUUAUAAAAGAAUUUCUCAAAUGCUUUCCAGAACUUUAGUGUGUAUAAAUGUACUGAAAGAAUAGUUUAAGUCUAUAGUGCCAUAAUAAUCCCUCUAUUAUUUCCUUUGUUUUGACAAUAAAGCCUCCUAUAAGUCUUCCCAAGCUAUUAUAAAAUAAACACGAAAAAAUAUUAAAAAUUUGUCAGAGAUCUCAACUGUACACUUGAGUUCCAAGUCAUGACCAAAAUCAUUCGUUAUUCUGCUACUUGUACAGAAUUCAGUUGUUCUUAACUUUCAUUCUCAUUCCCAGUCUUUUGUUUUGUUUUGUUUUUUGGUAUGGGGGAUCGAACUCGGGACCUUGCGCUUGCAAGGCAGGCAGUGGAACCACUGAGCUAAAUCCCCAGCCCUCUCCUUCCCAGUCUUGCAAAUGUACACUCAAGAGUAUCCAGAAAACUGGGUGAGGUGGCGCAUGCCUGUAAUCUCACACUCAGGAGGCUGAGGCAGGAGGAUCGCCAUGAGUUCAAGGCCAGCCUGGGCUACAUAGUGAGUUCCAAGCCAGCCUGAACUACAGAGUGAGACCUUGUUCCAAAAAAAACUUUUAAAAAGAGUAUUCAGAAAAAACACAUAAAGGAAAAUAAGUCAUAUAAUGGAAUCUAUCUUAAAGUAAACAUUAAACCUCAGUGUGGUAGCUCAUGAGGAAUUAUUUAUCUAUAAAUUAUGCUGGCAUGUUACCAACAACUGGCAGCCCUAUAUUUAGAGUUACCUCCAGUAAGAGUAAUAAAGAAAAAUGUAUUUGAAGAAAAAUCAGACCCCUGGGGAAGGACUUUAUUGGCAUUAUGAAAAGCAGAUCUUCAUGCCCUUUUUAAUCUGUUUCUAAUAAGCA